UGUCCCUUAUCAUCGACUACUUCAAGGACCAGGAAUUCGUUAGAUUCUCCGCUACUCUUCAUAGCCGCAAUGUCUGCUCGUACUUUGUCGCAAAGCCUUCGCGCCCGCUGCCUUUUCCGCAGACCUCAGAACGUUCAGGGUUUCUCGACUCGUACCAACCUCCGUGCUGCUGAUCAUGGAGAUCACUACGACCCUCCGACUGGGUGGCUUUUCGGUAUCAAGCCUGGCCAGAAGUACGUGAAGGAAGGCUGGGAGAACGUCUGGUACUACGGAUUCAUUGGUAGCUUGCUCGUUGCCGGUGUCGCAUACGUCUUCAAGCCAGACACCUCUAUACAAACAUGGGCCUUGGAAGAGGCACGGCGGAGACUGGAAGCCGAGGGUAUCCUGGAGGACCCCGAGAAAGCUCAGAGGAAGUAAAGGACAAUAUUUGUCCUCAGUAUUUCCUUGUACAUUGUACAUAGAGCGGUCGGACAUGGAAAACAGUUUCGGAUGAGAUGUUGUACCUGUGCUAGCGGAUAUGAUUCGCCAGCCCAGUCUAGACAGGUCUUUUUAUUCCCUUUCCUAUGUUCUUUUUUCUUCUUACAUUCUGCAUGUACUCUGUCAUCGUAUAUUCUGGGAUGCUUUCACCGAUUGCUUUAGAA